AUGCCAAGAGCAUCAAUUGCCUAUAGCUUUGACCACAGUCUCACCAGAGAUGCGAGGGCCUUCAUUCACGCAGUGGUGAAGAUUCUAGAAGGCACCCGUGGGAUUCGAUUGGAGGAAUGUAGCAUUGAAGACAAAAAUCCAAGCCAGACCCUCCUGUACCUGACCCAAGAAUCUCAUAUCAGCCCUCUAGGCCCCGGUUGCUCAAUAGUGACCAACAUCGACGAUUUUAUUGCCCAUCUCAGCAAUGAGCUCGACGCCGGUGGCAGUCCUGCAGACGCAUCUACGCUACGAUAUGUACUCGACUUGUGCCACACGGAGACCGAGCGCGGUGGUUUGGGAUUCUCAGAGGCACGAUGCAUCGACUGGUCGCUCAGUCAGAUGCAACUUCAGGACCUGCAGGAUCUCCUGGAGGCAUGGCUGGAGUCUCUAAACUCCGCCGAAUUAAGCAGAUGUCUACCCGCACCGCUAUCCGUUAAGGCUUCUGCCACAAGGCCCAUGACGUUGGCGGAGAAGAUUCUUGCGCAUCAUGCAUUUUCGCUGCCAUCUGCACAUGGUCUUAAAAGUGGUGACUUUGUUCGAACCUCGGUCGAUUGGAUUGUUGCCAGUGAGAUAUCUUGGGUGCUCCUGCCAAAUCCCAUUUUUGACUUUCACCCGGACUCGUUGCUGAUGAUCAAACCCAUUCCCCAGUAUACCAUCCUCCACACCGAAUUUGUGCGGGAGCGAGCCGAACCGGGCAUGCUCGUUCUUGGUUCGGAUUCCCACACCUGUUCGGCAGGUGCCGUCAGUUCGCUCGCUAUUGGACUCGGGGCGGCCGAUGUGAUGGCGGCCCUGGCCACCGGUGAGACAUGGAUCAAAACCCCCGAGUCAAUCCGGGUGGAGUUCAGCGGCGAGCCUGCCUGGUACAUCCGGGGCAAAGAUGUGAUCCUCUACAUCCUGAAAAUUCUGAAGCGCAAUACACAUGCUGCUGAUCGAAUUGUAGAGUUUGGGGGACCAGGCGCGCGCUACCUUUCCUGCGAUGCCCGGUUCGCAAUCUGUAAUAUGUGCACGGAAUUGGGCGCCAUUACUGGUAUCUUCGUCCCAGACCGGAUCACUAGCCAAUUCAUCUCGGAUCGCCCUCAAAGCCGCUACAAGUCACAAUCUCUGUACUUUCAGCCGGACGCAGAUGCCUCGUACGCCGCUACCUUUCAGAUUAAUCUCGAUGAGGUCAAGUCCUUCAUUGCGCUCUAUCCCUCCCCUGACAACGUAGUGGAGGUGGCUGAGAAACUGGACAUGGCUUUCGAGGGUUGCUUCAUCGGUGCUUGUACCACCACGGAAGAAGAUCUGAUCUUAGGCGCCUUAGUCCUGGAGGCGGGUCUUCAGAGGGGGCUGCCGCUGGCUGCCGGGAAGCGAAUAGUUGUCCCUGGAAGCUUACCAAUUGUCAAAAAUUUGCGCGACUUGGGUCUGUUGGAUAUCUAUUCCCAGGCCGGGUUUCAACAGCCAGCUGUGAGCUGCAGCAUGUGCCUGGGGAUGGGAGCCGACCGCGCAGGGGCUGGCGAGAAUUGGCUUUCGUCACAGAAUCGCAACUUCAAGAACCGAAUGGGUCCAGGAUCCAUUGGACAUAUUUGCUCCGCCGCUGUAGUCGCUGCCUCAUCUUUUAGUAUGCAACUAACCGACCCUCGUUAUCUUCUCGGCCAGGUGUCGGUCGAGAGAUAUCACACUUUGCUUGCGAGUUGUCGACGAAAGAAGGCAGAGCCGCCUCGGAAGUCUGGAGGUCCUUUCAAAGCGUGUGAGGUACAGAGGAAAGCGUCGAUCCCGUCAGCAAUGCCUCCAGCGCCUGAGCCUUACUUGUCCUUUCGCGGCGUUGCAGCCCCCGAGACGAAGAAGCCGAGACAGGAGCGGGUGAAUGAGGAAAUCAGUAGCGCCGAAUUCGAGACUAUUUGUAGCAAGGUCUCUGCUUUGGGUGAUUUUGUGGACACAGACGCGAUAAUUCCCGCGGGAUUCAUUAUGGAGAGUCCAACCAACGCCCUACUUGGCAGCCACUGCCUGGAGUUAACCAACCCCGAGUUUCGCGACCAGGUUCGGGCUGGUUGGGAUGUGGUUGUCGCCGGCAAAGCCUUCGGCUGCGGUUCAUCGCGUGAAGAAGCGCCACGUGCUUUGAAAGGUCUCGGCGUGAAAUGUGUGAUUGCACGUUCCUUCUCCUUCAUAUAUGGGCGCAAUCAGCCAACUAUCGGUCUCUUAGGCCUCACCAUCACCGACGACGACUUCUAUGCAUCGACCCAAACUGGAGUUGAUAUUGAGAUCAACCUUCCCCGCCGACUGGUCACCGUGGGCGGGCGGUCGUACUCGUUCGUGCUUGAUGAGAUGGAGUUGGCCUUAAUCCAGCAAAGGGGACUCGCGGCAGCGUACAAGAAGUUUGGCAAGGCCGUGUUCCAGUCGCUCUGUGACGAGCGAUUGUCGGAGACAAUGUCGGCAUCAGAGCUGGCUGAAAUGCAUCUAGGAGGCCGUCAGAAAGAUCUGGGAAAUCGGGAUGUACUCGCGUGGUGA